UUUGCCCUGUUGUAUUGUCAAGCGGUGGUGGUGGCUGCUGCUCUCUUGCAAACAGAUUCGUGCCGCGAUGGCUGUGAACCCCAAGCCUGCAAUCUCCUUCAGCCUGCAAGACAGCAUCUCUAAAUUCCUAAAGCCAGAGAACAUCCAGUUCAUGGGGAGGAUCCUGCUGAAUCUCUCCAAAUCAAAGCCCGAGGAAAGAAUCCUGCUCAGGUCAGCUGGUGCGCAGGUUAUGCAGGACCACAUAUUUGAAGCCAACGCCAUCGGGAGCCUGGACCUGUCUGACAACGGGUUCGACAGUGACAUGGUGACCCUGGUGUUGUCUAUCGGUCGGAGCCAAUCCAUCCGACACCUCUCCCUGGGGAAGAACUUCUACAUGAAGUCAAAAGCCUUGGCUGAUGUCCUCUGUAGGAUUGUGCAGCUGAUCCAGGAAGAAGAGUGUCCUCUUGAAUCUCUGUCAGUGGCUGAUUCCAAGCUGAAGGCAGCCGGCACAACCAUCCUCAUCAAUGCCCUGGGAAGCAAUCCUAGCCUCUCCAAGAUAGACAUCAGUGGCAACUGCAUGGGGGACACGGGAGCCAAGAUGCUUGCCAAAGCCUUGCAGAUCAACACCAGACUCAGAACUGUGAUCUGGGACAGGAACAACACCGCGGCGAUCGGCUUCCUUGAUGUCGCCAACGCUCUGGAAAAGAACUACACCCUCAAGUCCUUGGCUAUGCCAGUGAGUGACGUGGCCCAGGCUUCUCGCAACAACCUGGAGAAAACAGAGGAGGCGCUGCAGAAGAUCCAGUCAAGCCUGCUCCGGAACAACCAGCGGUACAGCGCGUUCUCUGACAGAGCCUCCCGGCUGCAGCAGGGGAUUAUAACAAGCUCCUCCGAGCAGCUGGUGAGCCGCCUGUGCACGAAGCUCCAGGGCAGCAUGGCGUCCCUCUCCAGCUGCUCCGCCAGGGAGGUUCAGGAGGACAUCGUCACUGCUGAGGAGGUGCUGCGUGAGGCCAGAACCUCCAUCAGCCUGCUGCCAACACUGUACCAGAUGGGCAGAGCUCCCUCUAGUGUUGAUGUUCUGCACUUCAGGCUGAAGGAGACAUCAGAGGAAAUCACCCAGGAGAUCAGUCAGGAGAUACAGUAUGUUCCAGUUAUUCGGAGGCACACGCUGCACACCAGGAGCUUUCGGCCCGCCCCCUCCAUGAAAAGUCUAGUGGAGCUGGAUUCAGAAUCACAGCAGGAGGAUUCCGAGGCUGGAGCCAGCCAGGCAGGGCUGUCAAUCAGCAGCAAGGCCCUGGUGAAGUCCCGCCCCGCCUCCACAGAGGAUGCUGCUGCCGCUGCUGCUCUUAGCAACAGUCUGCCUCCCAGCUCAGAGCCUGCAUCUCCUCAGCCCCUUAUGGACCUGCCCAUUGAAGGACAGAGACUGAAGCAUUACACCCGCGCUAGGCCCAGACCCAACCGCAGGAACAAACAGCCCCCCAGCAAGCCCAAUGUGCAGGCAGUUGCGUGUGAAAAUGAAGAGAACAUUUGUAACGUGGAUGAGGGAGUAGAGGAGUUCUUCACAAAGAAGCUGCUACCAGAAGAUCCCCUAAAAAGCCAGCAACCUGCAAAAGCUCGGGAGCCCACCUGCUCUGCUUCCCCACCCUCCAGUUCCAAGACCAUCAAGAAGAAAUUCGGGGAUUUCUUUGCGUUCAAGAAGCCCAGAUCAGCACGGGGGGCGAAGGGCGAGGGGGGUCCCGAAAGCAGCCCCUCGGUGGGGCUGAGGCUCAAAAAGACUUCGAUUGCGGACCUGAUCCGCCCGCUGAGAGAGGCAGCGCGGGCCGCAGAGAGGGCAGACGAGAGUGCCGGCAAGGCGGCAGCAGCGGCGUCCGUGACGGUGUCAGCAGGGUCAUCGGUGACAGACUCUCCAGCAGCACAGCCCCCCGGCCCCGUCGACAGAGAGAGGAGCAACACGCUGGACAGCGACAGGGAGAAGAGCAAGACCCCCGAUGCAGACAGGAAGCUCAAGCCGUCCCGCCGCUCCCUGAGGGAAGGGAAGUCACAGUCUCUCAUCCUCCUUCCUGGGGUCGACGAGGACGAAAAUCUGCCCGGGAACCAUGGCAAGAAACAUUUAUCUGACAAAGCCGCUGCCGAGGGAGCUCAAACCUUCGAGCAGAAGGUCCAUGUCAUGCUGCACCGGAUCGGGGUUACAAAGGUACUUUCAUCGGACCCCAAGAGAAACGAGAAUAAAGCAGGAGAACUGAGAAAGGCGGACUCUGAAGGAACCAUAGUGGACAGUAAACCCCAGCCACCUCCCCAGUUUAUGAAGCCUCGCACCAUGUCCACUUCAUCAGACAUUAGGCGACCCGUCCGGCCAAGCAUUGCAGCUGAGCCCCCAGAAGCAGACUCUACAAGCACUGCACAGAAGAGCAGCCGAGAGCACGCCAGCCCUGCGUUCCACAAGAUCCUGGGAAAGCCCCCCGUCCCCGACCACAAGAACAAAAGCUCCGAGUCCCUCUCCUCUCCAAGAACGCCAGUGGCCUGUCCAGAGCAAGCCCACCCUGAGAGCAGCACGGCGGGGGCCGCGCAGGAGGCAGACAGCCUCUCCCGGUGCAAGAAGGACACUCCCACCCCUUCUCCGCGAAGAGGGACCAGUCUGGGGGAGCAGAAGAAAAAGACAGAGCCAGCAAUGCCAGCGCCAAGUGAAGACAAUCUCCCGGUACCCCAGCCUCGAAUAAAACCAAUCCACAACCGAAGAGCCGUCUCCGUCCACGAGGAACAGCUCAGGGAUCAGAGCAGCCUGCUGGAGCCGGAAGACCUGAAGGCAGCCCUAUCCAGGCUUCAGAGGUCCCCAGUACGGAAGAGGACGAAUCAAGCAGAACUCCCCCCGUUCAGUGAAUCCCAGUCCGAAGAAAUGGAAGGCGACAGGAAGACAGACGAGACCAGAACUAGACCAGCGACCAGAGAGAAGCGGGCAGGAUCGAGCGAGGAGCUGCAACCCCCAACGAAAGAUCCGCAGGUUCCACAGACUGCACAACAAACACUUCAAGACCAAAGAACUGAGCCACCCGUUACAUUGAAAAACAUAAACUGAACCCCAACGAAAUUCUAUUUUCUAACAUUUCCCUUUGCACGCUCCAGUUUAUGUAAAAAAAAAAAAAAAAACAAUAGAAAAAAAAAAUUGAAAAAAAAAAUUGAAAAAAUUAAAUUAAGAUGUGUUAACGGUUGUCACGCUUACUGGAAAUUCUGUGGUGUGAUUCAUUUUUACCUAAGACUGAGGAGUCAUGCUGUCACUGCCAGCUUACAAAGGUCUUGUACUGGGGAGACCACAACAAACAUUCACACAGCGUGCCCAACCAUGAAACCCUAUGCAGUGGGAGAUGCCCUUUGGAUGGGAUUCAAAUCUAAAGUCACGCCAUGUAAAGAUCUGGCAGUUUUUAUCAAGGUGACGGACCAUGGAGAUCUUUAUUAAGCAAGUAAAAACCUCUACACUUUAAAAUCAGGCCUUGUAGGACCUUUAUAUGUGAAAUCUUUAAAAACACACCAUUUAUUGCACAAUAAACCCCACCCGAGAAAGAACGAUGUCUAAACUGUAAAUCGUUUCCUGUGUUUAGUUCUCUCUCUCUCGUAUUGACUCCUUUUUGUCACGUCAGCCUUUGCUUUGAGUGCACAACUGAACCUAUACCGAUUGCACUUUAAGACAGUUAAAAACAAAGAGCAAUACCAAAGUUAUGAAAUCACGCCCAAGGAGGUUACAGAAAACAGCAGCUCUCCCAUGUCCAUGUAAGAAACUGCAGUGCCCAUACAACAUACCACAAUUUUACAUCAAUCAACAGAAACCUGCCCCUGCUAACAUGCUGUCCCCAGCAUCUCUAAGGAGAGAUCUAAAUGACAAACUGAUACUGAGAGGUGUUGCAGUAUUUUAGGGCUGGAAAACAUAAAUAUUUAAUCAAAAUAAAUGUGGUUGCAAGUUAUACUCCUACACACCACAGGAAGCACAUUGUAAAAACAGAUUUAAAUGGGUCCAAGUGCAAGUCACUGAGCUCUCCGAUUGGUUUGUUCCUGUUAUAGAAGGGUGUGGCACUACUAUGAAUCCAUCAAGCCAAACCCGAUCCAUACAUGAAAUGGUUAAAUACAGGACAUUCCUCGGAAUCAGAAGCUCCCUCUGUAUCGACUGCAGGUACGUAAUCAUCUCUCCAUUCUAAACGGGGGAAAAGAGAAGGAUGAAGUUUAUCACACCCAUGAUGAGGUCAUGCAGGCUCACAGUAUUCACUGCUUAAUAUUUUAUAACGUGCUUAUAAAUAACUACGUCACAGCAUACGCAAGAUGUUAAAUGCAAAAGAGUAGAGUUG